CCACUAGAGCGGCGGCGCCCGAAGACGCGCCCCACGCUCGAAGAACAGCCCUGCGCGGUCGCCUCGUUUUCUGCAGCCAAGCGGCGGAUGUUCUUUUAAAGAAUAUUGAAGACGAAGUUUUUUGUUUUGUUUUUUUGUUUGUUUUUUAAUGGCUUUACAGAAUUUUAAAUUGAAUACAAUUUGACAUGACGGCAAAAAAUGUUGGUUUGACUUCUACAAAUGCAGAAUUAAGAGGAUUUAUAGAUCAGAAUCUCAGUCCAACAAAAGGUAACGUUUCAUUUGUUGCAUUUCCAGUUUCCAGCACCAACUCACCAACAAAGAUUUUACCAAAAACCUUAGGACCAAUAAAUGUGAAUGUUGGACCCCAAAUGAUUAUAAGCACACCACAGAGACUAACCAGUUCAGGAAGUGUUCUGAUUGGGAGUCCAUAUACCCCUGCACCAGCAAUGGUUACUCAGACACACAUAGCAGAAGCUACUGGCUGGGUCCCUGGUGAUAGAAAACGGGCUAGAGAAUUUAUAGACUCUGAUUUUUCAGAAAGCAAACGAAGCAAAAAAGGAGAUAAAAAUGGAAAGGGCUUGAGACAUUUUUCAAUGAAAGUGUGUGAGAAAGUUCAGCGGAAAGGUACAACAUCAUAUAAUGAAGUAGCUGAUGAGCUGGUGUCCGAGUUCACCAAUUCAAAUAACCAUUUGGCAGCUGAUUCGCAGGCUUAUGACCAGAAGAACAUUAGGCGAAGAGUUUAUGAUGCUUUAAAUGUGCUAAUGGCAAUGAACAUAAUUUCAAAGGAAAAAAAAGAAAUCAAGUGGAUCGGCUUGCCUACCAAUUCUGCUCAGGAAUGUCAAAACCUGGAGAUCGAGAAGCAGAGGCGGAUAGAACGGAUAAAGCAGAAGCGGGCCCAGCUUCAGGAACUUCUCCUGCAGCAAAUCGCUUUCAAAAACCUGGUACAGAGAAAUCGGCAAAACGAACAGCAGAACCAGGGCCCUCCAGCUGUGAACUCCACCAUUCAGCUGCCCUUUAUAAUCAUCAAUACAAGCAGAAAAACAGUCAUAGACUGCAGCAUCUCAAGUGACAAGUUUGAAUAUCUUUUUAAUUUUGACAACACCUUUGAGAUUCAUGAUGACAUAGAAGUGCUGAAGCGGAUGGGAAUGUCCUUUGGCCUGGAGUCAGGCAAAUGCUCCUUGGAGGAUCUGAAACUUGCUAAAUCACUGGUGCCAAAGGCUUUAGAAGGUUAUAUCACAGAUAUCUCCACAGGACCGUCGUGGUUAAAUCAGGGACUGCUUUUGAACUCUACCCAGUCAGUUUCAAACUUAGACCUGACCGCUGGUGCCACCUUGUCCCAAUCAAGUGCAAACCAAGGGUUGUGCUUGGAUGCUGAAGUGGCCUUAGCAACGGGGCGGCUCCUGGCCGCAGACAGUCACCGGUCCGGCAGUGCGGCCUCCCACUGCUCUGAGUCCCGAGGCGAGACCCCCUGUUCCCUCAACGACGAGGACGAGGACGAGGACGAGGAGGACUCCUCCUCCCCAGAAUAAAGACAGGCGCAAACCCACGUUCUGCUCUUUGAUGCUCAUGUGUGUUUUUAGUGUGAGCUCUUGUGUUUGAAACGAUUGCUUCGGUCUUUGCCUUUGUUUGCACUGUGUGUUCAGUGAAAACUAGGGAAACACAAUAAGCAAAUUACCUGAAGGCUGAGAGGAUUGAGGUGAAAGUUAACGUAGUGUGAAUGAAAACCCUGAACGACAGAGCAGUAGAUCACAUGGCAAACAAAGCACGUACUCCGAGGUGGCAGAGGGGGUAGUCCCUGACUUGGCAGCACGAACGCAGCGCAUUCAUCUUCCGUGAGGCGGGGCGCCGUGGCCCCCAAACCCACGCAGCCCUCCUCAUUGCCGAGGUGGCUCCGUGAACAGUCCCCGACGGCCGCGUGCCCCACGCCCCGCUCCCUGCUCUGGGCUGCCUUUCACGAGGCGGAGCUGAACACGAGAGGUUCCCGGUGGGAGGAGCUGUACAGCGAGGGAUGGAGACCCUCGUGGCCCAAGGAGCACAGAUUGAACCGCUGAACUAGUUGAAAGUCUAGUCGAGGUGCUUUACGCAUCAGCUGCCUUAGACGGCUUCUAGAAAGGAGCGAACGCUAAUUCUUGAGUACUUAAGUGACAUUUAGAAUAAUUUAUAGUCAAACUGAAAUGAUCACUAUUAGCCAAUGCAUUGGUGCAUAGAAUUUUCUAGGGCUACUUCUGGAAGCCAAAAUAGAAUAGCAUUUCCACGUGCAUUAAAUACUUUGCCAGCACUGCCUUUCGCCAGCAACCUAAAUCUGGAGUUUUACAAGAGAAGAAAAUUGUCUCUAUCAUGUUAAUCAGAGCUGUGCAUUUCAUACCGCUUUUUCACCUAGAACAAAACAAAGGAACAAGUCCCUAUGACCGAGUUGCUUGCUUACAGUUCCCUGCCGUAAUUGUAUGAUUUCACCCAGUGUGCAAUUUGUGAAAAUGAACUGUCAUUACUUUUGUCUGAAAAGUAUUUCCAGAAUACGAACAGCAAUGUUUUCCUGUCCAUGUCACCUUUGGUACAUUCUCAUUCAUCAAGUGACCAUACUGGGUCGAUUCCUGGGUCAAACACAUUUCAAACUCACCCGAUAUUCAGUGUUUCACAGAAACACCAAAACACGUUGAGCAAUCCAGGUGACUGGGUGUGCAGUAGAUCAGGACAUAUAGACUGUCCGGUCAGAGCCAAAGAUACCGCUAGGAGCCGCGCACGGCUGGGUUCACUUCCCGCCCCUCUGAAUACGAGUGUGGAGACAUUGCCGCCACGGCCAAACCCCAACUUAAGCGCAUUAGUUAAGGCCUUGGAAAAGAGCAAACGGUAAUGGAAGAUUAACUCUAAAUCUCUGACUUGAAUCAUUUGGAUUUGCCCCGAGAUUAUGCAUCCAGUGUCUGCGGGCUCAGCCCAAACCGGCUCUUUCCUAAGCCCUGCGGGGGAGCGCGGGGGCUGGUGCCCACAGUGAGCCGGCGGGGAAGGCCUGGCUCACCCAAACAACCAGUACACAAGGAUGUACAAUGCUAAGUUCCUUUGAGACAAAACGCAUUCCGUCAGGAAUAAGCCAUAGCGCAGACUCAGAGUGCGGAGGGGCUGGAGAGGUGUAGGCAGGUGCGGGAGGGCCCUGUAGCAGCCUGAGUUCCGGGCCACCCUGAGGUCGGGGUGGGCACGGGAGGGAGGGCCCGAGGGCCUCCAGGGCACGUUCUGCCUGGAAGGUGUCAGCUGCACCGUCAGGGAAAACCGGGUCUCCUUCAGGCUGCCUCUCCCUCUCCCAAGCCCAACUUUUCUUGCCCCUGUACCUGAAAGGGGCCCAGCGGGGACCUGGAGAGGCCCAGGGCCACAGCAGGCUUUUCAGACUUCAGAAUACCAUGCCGCAGGUCCCAGGGCCGCACAUCGGCGUUCAUGACAGGUACAGCAGUCGUGAGCACUCCUCUACCAGGUAGCAGGAUCCUUGCCAGAGUUCGUGGGGCACCGAUCCCCUUCUCUGUUCUCUCUCUGCUGCUGAUAAAAUAUGGGUUUAAAAGAAAAAGCAACCAAAGACUCUUACCAUUCAUUACUGGUGUCCCAUCAGUGGCCACCGCAGCCAGCGAGCAGUGUGUGGUGUUUGUUUGGCAGGAAGUGGCCUCCGUUCCUCAGUGACACACGGGUUACUGCUAAGGACGCCCAACAGAGUCACACUGUGGUCACAGGACGUGUCACUGGUGUAAGGCUUUACCUUACAGAAAGUCUAGCAGAAAGCUAGACUCGGAUGUUUAGAAAGAGAAAUUCUGUCAUUCUUCUGCUUCUCUCCUAAACAGAUUUAUGUGGUUCUAAAGUUCAUUACUCAGUCACAAUUUCAUAUAGAAAUCAAACAGAAAAAAAAAAAAGUUAGGAAAUUGUGGUUACAACAUCCAGGCUUCUCUAUAGGAGUAGCACUUGGGGUUAUUUGCACACGCACAUGUACACAGACGUGGACACCCGUCCCAGAGGGUGCUGGUUACACUCUGCUUGGGGGAAGUUCAAGAGUCCCCUUUUCCCUCAAGCACCAGUGUAUCCGGUAACCUUUUCGGUGCACAGUGUCGUCCAGUGAAGCCAUGAUCCAUGUAGCACCCGCGCAGGUGGCACCAAGCCUGCCGUCUUUGGCCCUGAUAUGGGAGGGUCCAGGCAGUGCCCACGGCGCCCAGGCACCCACCCACACCUCUGCCCUUCCCCGCUGCACGUCUGUCUCACCCGCUUCAUCUUCUCUUGUGAUGACAAGGUGAUGGGAGCAGCUUCAGUACGUGUUGACAUAAACUGUGCCUUACGAUCAUGGAGGACCUCGGGGAGGGGCCAGGAAAGGAGGUGCUAAGACGGUGAUCCCUCACCUCUCAGCACUGCCCACCCCCCUGCAAAACUUUACAAACAACCCCUGUCUUCUAGAAAUGGUGGGGAGAAAACUGUCUGCAGUUAGCUGCCAUUUUACCAGGAUAAAGAGGAUAACUCUCUUCAUUAGCAGAAUUUACAGUUGUCACCAUACUCUGCCCUACUUGAAAAAUGAUGCCGGGGUCAGCCCCCAGAUACACAUGAGCCCCCGCAGGUAAUUCAAGCGGAGAUAUUCCACAAAGGAGUGGCUCACUUUAGCCAUGCAGACAUCAGAAACUCAGCUGUUUGCUAAAACACAGCCCUUUCUGAGCCGCUCAGGUUGUAGAGACAGCAAAGUUUGGGUGUAACCUGGGCCCUGCGACGGUCGGAGCAUAGUGGGCGUCGGUGGGGCAGGGUUAGCAAAGGAAGGGAACUGCCUCAGCUCUUCCUACCAGAACCACACACAGGGGGAGAAGCCUGGUUAGCUUCAUGGGUGAGUCACUUCAAGUGGCCUUUGAUAACCUAGCCAGCCCCCUGGCCUCAGGCACAUCUGGGAGGUAGCCUUUAAGGCUGCACCGCCACAGUGGCCCCUGCAGGGUAGGGGCUGGACAGUGAGUGGGAAGAUUGAAUCCUUCAGUAAGUGUUUGAGUGAAUACAGAACAGAAGACGUCCAGGUUAAUUCGUGCUAUGGGAAAAAUGACAGGGUCAUGGGGCAGUGGGGAAAGGCCACUUUGGCUGGCGGUGUCCAGGGAAGUCCCCCUGAGAAAGUGACUUUUGUUCUGAAUCAGACAAUUGAAAGACCUCCCUACCAGGCCACCCUACCCCAUAACGUGCACUUGGACAUCUCUGCUAAAUUCCAAAGGCCCCACUCUUCCAGCUUUCAGUGUACAUUUCGGAGUCUGUCAGGGAAUUUCUAAGAUUUAUUAAUAAAAGAAAACCAAACUUAGCUACCAGCAGUAGCCAUAAACUAAGAGAACAUUCUAACCCAUGGAGGUCUCCUUGUUGGCUCUGUUACCUUCCAAUUGAACCUACACAAUAGGAAAGUGAGUAGAAAUGGAGAAGUUUUCUAGGUGUUUUCUUCUAGUUUUACAAGUUAGAUACAUAAAGAUCUGCUUUUUAUAUUAGAUGUAUAAAAGAGAAUCUUUUAUCCUGCAUAUGGACUAGUUUUAGCAGAGCUGAAGACUACCUGAGGAUCAUUUUCCCAAAUAGGUUCCCCAUUUUCAGGCACCCGAAGCAAUGGUCCCCCAGCACUGACGAUCACUCACACAUAUUUAUCCAGACCCACGUGUGUGCCAGGGCCCUGCAUGACGCCGCUUGAGCGGCCCUCAGAAACGUGCCUCCCUGCCCUCUGAUUCACAGUCGUACAACGUUCAGUUCAUUUGCUUAACUUCCAUUCAAGCCGAACACUUACCCAAAAGGAAAAAGUGUCUGACGUUGACUUUACCGUUUUCUAAAAAGUUCAAGCUAAUGCCCACGUAAAUUACAUUUCUCAGGAAUUAGCCAAGAUCUCUCUGGAAAGCUGUGCAUAGAUAACCUUCGGGACCCCGUUUUCCCACCUACUUCUUACACUCACACUGUGCUAAGGAAGAAAAGGUGAGGGCAUAAACUGUGCCCCUCCAGUUCUGACCUGGGAGUCCCUGACAAGUACAGAAGUUUCAGUGGCCACAGGUGUUCACUGACCACGCUCUUGUGACAGAAG